AUGGCGGAUGACACGGAGCAGUCAGUAGAUCUGACUCAAAUGGGCGAGAAGCUACCAGUCUUCAGAAUCAACCUUUCACUCCCACCAACAGAACGAUAUGUCGCAUUGGCAAUGUUGUACCGCGACAAAAUGCGUGCCAUGCGAGGCAUAUUCGACGAGCUGAUCAAAUCCAUCUCUCCGAAGAUUCCACUCCAACUAAUUCACAAGCUUGCUUGGCUCUGUCUGCGCAAGCUUCACUCCAGGGACGAAACUGAGGAACUGCGAGGAAUCAGCCGCACCACCGAUAUCGACAUGUACCUGCUCAUCUGCCUGAAUACAGUACUUGACCUGCUCAUGGGCUGCACGAGUGGCGCAGUACGAGUGCGCAGUACAUCUGGGACGAAAAUGCUGCAUUUCCGGACUUUAGAUUGGGGCAUGGAUCCAUUGCGCGAUUUGAUCGUUCAGCUGGAAUUCGUUCAGGAUACGGACCCGGAGAAAGUGAUUGCAACUAGCAUCACUUACGUUGGUUUUGUUGGUGUGCUCACGGGCGUGAGGCAAGAUUUGAGUGUCUCGCUCAAUUUCAGACCCGUGCAUGAUACUACCCGGAAUUUUGCAUUCUAUGCAAACCAUCUCUUCGUACUUCUCGGAUUGCGACAGUCCAUCUCUUCGCUUCUGCGACAAUGCAUAUUGCCUCCGACAUCUGAAGAUCAUGGCAAGAAAUCAUUAUUCUCUACUCUGGCUGACAUCGUUGCCAAUGUUCCUGGCAUUCCCACAACAGCCGCUUAUUUGGUCUUCAGUGAUGGGUCAUCAACGGUGACUAUGGAGAAAGAUCACCAAACAGCAGUUGUGCGCUCCUCAUCAUCGUUUACUGUCACAACAAAUCAUGACCAAGAGGACGGUUCGGCAUCACCAGAAUCGGUGGCCGAGGCAAAAAGAAAGAACCAUAUCGGUCUAAGCUUAUUUUCAGAUGAAAUGCAGGUUAUGGCAGAUCUAAUCGAGGACAGCAACUUGCGCCGCGACUGUAUACAAUCAAAAUGGAACCAUGAGGUCGAAAAACGAAAGGCAUUAGCGGAUAAACUUUCCUCGAGGAAACGAUCCAGGAACCUUGCUGAGCCAUCAGGUUCGAGAUCAUCAUUGCGAUUGCGAAAAAUGAGAGAAGAUGAGCAGAUUGAGAUAGAAGCAGAACAGAAGCGGAUCACGGCUUUGAGUAGCGAGGAUGACUCCGAUAUUGCCAUUACAAAGAGUUCUGUGGUGGACUGGCUGACGUCGGUGCCUGUCCUGAAUGAAACCACGCACUAUGCUACUAUCUUGGAUCCAUCAAUGGGAACAGUGGCUUGGGCUAGGCGGUACCAUACAAGUGAAUGGGAUUGA